CUACUGGCAUUUAGUGUGAGCGAAAAUGUUGCCGCUAAAGUACUUUACAUGUCUCAUGUUGACAGUGUCUUUAUUUACUGGAGCAGAAAGUGCUAAUGUGUAUUACACAUACCGUUGGUGCAGAUGCAUCUACAGCUCCCCUGAUCUCAGUGAUAUGGUGUAUAUUGAUAGCAAGUAUUUCAAUAAAUAUCUGUUCGCACAGUUCAACAGUACUCUUGGGAGAUAUGUGGGGUUUAGCGAGUAUGGAAUAAGAAAUGCAGAGUACUGGAACAAUGGAACCUUUGUGGAGCAAGAGAGAAACGAAGUGGAGAGAUUCUGCAAACAUAAUGCUCAAAUCAGGGACUCAGCUGUCAUUAGCAAAGCAGUGAAGCCAAAGGUUAAGCUCAGCUCAGUGACACGGGCCGGUGGCAGGCAUCCAGCCGUGCUGAUGUGCAGCGCAUAUGACUUUUAUCCUCCACACAUCAAAAUAUCCUGGCUGAGAGAUGGUCAAGUGGUGACCUCAGAUGUGACCUCCACUGAGGAGAUGGCUGAUGGAGACUGGUAUUACCAGAUCCACUCUGAGCUGGAGUACAGUCCGAAAUCUGGAGAAAAGAUCUCUUGUGCAGUGGAGCAUGCCAGCUCAACUAAGCCCAUCAUCUAUGACUGGGAUCCAUCUUUUUCCGAGUCUGAGAAAAACAAACUUGUCAUUGGAGCCUCUGGUCUUGUGCUGGGAAUCGUCUUAGCAGCUGCUGGGCUAAUUUACUACAAGAAGAAAUCAACAGGGAGGAUCCUGGUACCUCACUAGUAAUAUUAGUGAAUUGUUAACAUGUUUCAUUACAUUUUAAUAAUUCAGUCUAUGCUCAGCUGUCAAAGUUUUUUCUUAUACUGACUCCAAGCAACUCAUUCCUGUAGAAUUUUCAUAAUUUGUAGGGUUUCUAUUGAUGUUUGUUUUUUAAAAUAUAAAAUAAAACAAUAACAACUGCACUAUUGCAUCAAAUCUGAUACAUGUUUUUUUAUGAAUAUAUGAAGAAUAACAUUAUAUUUGAGCAUCUUAUACAAUUUGAUGUAAAUUAUAUCUGAAAACAGAAAUAAAAUACUGAUCUUAUUGAGUUAUCUUGUAUUUGUACACAACAUUGAGGAGCUAAGAGGUUAAUGUUGAAAUGAAACAUAAGAUUCAAGAAUUGUAUUAUUAUAUGUUACAUAAAGUAUACAACAUCCU